AUGAUGAAACCGCAACGCGCGUUCCUGCGAUUGUUUACUUCCGUUGUACGGUUGAGAAAGUCACAUCAAAUACAAAUCAAAAGCUUAGAGGACUUAGCGAAGCUGGAAUCCCUAGAAGAUGUCGACCCAGAGCUGGUAAAACGUUUAAUCAAUGAACGCACAAAUGAGCUGAACAUUCAGAAUGAACUUCAGAUGUUGAAAAACCUACAAUCACAAGAAAAGCAACAUCAAGACGUGUCUUUGAGAAAAUUUGUAAGACCUGCAUGGAUGUUCCUGUUAAUGAGCUCUCUUGUGUAUUUAUCGGGUCAUUAUCUCUGGUGUAGACUUGAACACGACGAGAGAGAAGAAGAUCUCAAGAGACAAGUUAAAGCCAUGGAGAAUGAACUGUUUUCAUUGAUUGAAGAAAAGCGGAAGGAUUCUGAAAUAGACACCGAAGAUCGGAAUGCUUCUACCAGAAGUUGGUACAAGCGUUGGUUCUGGUAA